CGCGCUGGUUAUCCGCUCUCAGCAACAUUUUAAAUCCACGCGCUUUACGUACACAGGCGCACACUCCAGGAGAGAAGCGGCUGACAGUCGGGACGCUCACAGGAUAACCAUGGCAACGCCCGGGCAGAAAGUUGUUCUAAUUACCGGUUGUUCCUCCGGUAUUGGACUCCGGAUCGCAGUUCUGCUUGCGAAGGACGAAAAGAGACGAUACCACGUCAUUGCGACCAUGCGUGAUCUGAAGAAGAAGGAGAAGUUGGUGGAGGCAGCUGGUGAUGCGUAUGGUAAAACACUCAGUCUCCUCACUCUGGAUGUAUGCAACGAUGAGUCUGUCAAACAGUGUAUCAACAGCGUCAAAGACCGACACAUAGACAUACUCAUUAAUAAUGCAGGUAUAGGACUGGUGGGGCCUGUUGAGAGUUUCAGCAUGGACGAGAUGAAGCAGGUGUUUGAAACGAAUUUUUUCGGUGUGAUCCGCAUGAUCAAAGAGGUCAUGCCUGACAUGAAGAAGAGAAAAAGUGGCCACAUCAUCGUGAUCAGCAGUGUUAUGGGUUUGCAGGGUGUCGUGUUUAACGAUGUUUAUGCUGCUUCUAAGUUUGCCAUGGAAGGGUUCUGUGAGAGUCUGGCUGUGCAGCUGCUGAAGUUUAACGUCAUUAUGUCUAUGAUUGAGCCUGGGCCGGUACACACAGAGUUUGAAAUGAAGAUGAUUGCUGAUGUUUCCAAGAAGGAGUAUCCUGGCGCUGAUCCGGAGACUGUCAACUACUUUAAAAAUGUCUAUCUUCCAUCUUCAGUCGACAUUUUUGAGACGCUGGGGCAAACCCCUGAUGACAUUGCCAGGUGCACUAAGAAGGUGAUUGAGGCGGACAGUCCUCGUUUCCGUAACCUGACGAAUCCUCUGUACACGCCCAUCGUGGCGCUGAAGUAUGCUGAUGAGACGGGCGGUCUGUCUGUGCAUGCGUUUUAUCACAUGCUCUUCAAUCUGGGAGGACUCAUGCAUCUCUCUAUGAAAGCCAUGCAGUGCCUGACCUGUGGCUGUCUGCGCAGUCGCAGCAUCUCACCCAACUGAAUCCACACACGCACACACACACACACACACACACACAAA